AUGGCCGAGUCAGCGAGCAAGAGAGCCCGAGUCGCGGGCCCACGGACGGCGCAGAACCUCAUCAACGGCGCGUUUGUGCCGCCCGCCAACGGACAGUACGUGGACGUGAUCAGUCCAUCGACGGGCCACGUGGUGGGCACAUGUGCGCUGUCGGACGAUCGGGACGUGCAACAGGCGGUGGCCAGCGGCCAAGAAGCGUUCGCGCAGUGGCGGCGAACGACUGUUAAAGCUCGUGCAGCGAUCAUGUUCAAGUUCCACGCGCUACUGACGCAGUUUCAAGAUGAGCUCGUGGACCUCGUGGUGCGCGAGAAUGGCAAGAACCGGACCGAAGCACUUGCAAGUGUGCUGAAAGGCAACGAGACCGUCGAGUAUGCCUGCAGCUUGCCCCAAGUGGUGCAGGGACGGACGUUGCAAGUGUCGCGCGGCAUUACGUGCCAAGAAGUGCGCGACCCGCUGGGCGUUGUGGCCUGCAUUGUGCCGUUUAAUUUUCCAGUGAUGGUGCCCAUGUGGACGAUUCCAAUUGCAUUGACCAUGGGCAAUUGUGUCAUUCUCAAGCCAUCCGAGAAGGUGCCGUUGACAAUGACUCGCGUCGCAGAGCUGUUGGUAGAAGCAGGUGUUCCAAGUGGAGUCUUCCAGGUCAUUAACGGGACGGUGGAUCCUGUCAAUAGCUUGUGCGAUCAUCCCGAAAUCGCUGCUGUCACGUUCGUUGGCUCAAGUCGCGUCGCACAGCUCGUUGCUCGUCGAUGUCGAGCGCUGGACAAGCGUGUGCUUGCACUGGGUGGAGCGAAAAACCACCUGGUUGCUCUCCCGGAUGCAGACGUUGACGUCGCUUCCAAGGAUAUCGUUGCAUCGUAUGCAGGCUGUGCGGGGCAGCGGUGCAUGGCUGCAUCAGUCCUGCUGCUCGUUGGGGACUGUUCUGCGCUGCUUGACAGCAUCGUUGCGAAGUCAAAAGCGCUGACUCGCGGAACGGAGGCCGGCCAGGUUGGUGCGCUCAUUGACGACGCGUCAAAGACCCGCGUGCUCAAGUACAUCGAUGAGGCGGAGGCUGCGGGUGUGGAGGUGCUCGUGGACGGUCGGUCGUGGGCUCAGCAGUCCUCGGGGUUUUGGGUGGGACCUACAGUGUUACUUCACACGGACCCGAAAGAUGCCGCAAUGAAGGACGAGAUCUUCGGUCCAGUGCUGUCUGUGUAUCGCGUGAACUCAUUCGACGAGGCGCUUCAGAUCGAGAACGACAACGAGUACGGGAACGCGGCAGCGAUCUACACGUCGAAUGGCGCGUAUGCCGAGUACUUCCAGACGCGUUUUCGUGCCGGCAUGAUCGGGGUCAACAUUGGCAUCCCCGUGCCGCGCGAGCCGUUCAGCUUUGGUGGCAUGUAUGGCACCAAAAGCAAAUUUGGCGACAUGGACAUCACGGGCGACGGUUGCGUCGAGUUUUUUUCGACGCGGCGCAAGAUCACUUCCAAGUGGAGCGCGGGCAUGACCUCGGGCGAUGCGGCUAACUUCAGCGGCCAGAUGUAG